AGGAUGACAGUAACCUCGACAAUGAUGGCGAGAACAACAAAGAAGACAAUGCCAACAACAACAACAACAACCACAACAACAACAACAGCAACAACAACAACAACAACAACAACAACAACAACAACAGCAACAACAACAAUGACAACAACAACAACAACAACAACAACAACAACAACAACAGCAACAACAACAACAACAACCUGAUGGAGGGUACGACAACCACGGGAACAGCGGGGAAGAGAGUGGUGAUGGGGGGGGGGGGCGUCCACCGCUGCAGCAUGACGGGAGUGAUAGUGCAGGUGAACGCGGAAGACAAUGGAGACGUCAACAACAACAACAACAACAACAACAACAACAACAACUACAACAACAACAACAACUACAGCAACAACAACAAAAACGAUGGUGCACAGGGAUUGGGUUUGCAUGAAAUGGGCGAAGGGGGUGUGAAGGAUGACAACAACAUCAAUAACGAUGGCGAGAACAAUAACGACAACAACGCCAACAACAACAACAACAACAACACCAACAACACCAACAACAACAACAACAACAACAACAACAACAACAACAACAACAACAACAACAACAAAAGCAACAUGAUCAACAACAAUCGAAACGAUGGAGGCAACGACAACCACGGGAACAGUGGGGAAGAGAGGGGAGGACGAUACAACAACGAUAACUAUAAUGGUAGUCUCAACGUCGGAUUCAGCAUUGAUAGCGGAGAUUGUGUCAGUAGCAUGCUCAGCAGCAAGAACGGGAGUGGGGUCCCAACAUUGCCACAGGGAGGAACGUCGGUGCAUGGGCAGUUACAUGCAACGACAGGGGUGGAUACGAACAGUGACAGUGGAGUCCGUGAAAGGCAAGAGUGCUCUCAUGCAGCCCCCCAGCAGGUCACAGGCGACGCGAGGUCGUCCGAGUCCGUGGAUCGUCUGUGUGGCGGCUUGCCACCGGCCAGCCGUGGUGAUGGAAGGGGGCGAGGUCAGGGGCGAGAGGGCACAAGUGACAGCAGCGGAGGCGGUGGUUGGGCAAGACAGCCAGCAGGGGGAGGACGUAGCAGAGGAGGGUGUAUUCCACCAGCUGCAUGUCGUUGGGAGGCGAGUGGGAGUGGAAAGGACCUGGGUGGGCAGGAGACCAAUGACAACCCUCCACCAGUUAAGGACGGGAGGCGUAAAGGAAAAAGUCCUGCGAAAAAGAUAGUGCCUUGGACACUAGAGGAGUGCUUGGCGUUGGCCAAACAGCAACGUGAGGAUGACGCCAUGAUGGUGGAUGCCACCACCAGGCACAAGUGUAUGAAGAAAGGGGAGAGGCAAGAGUGGGUGUCCAACCGCAUGAAAGAGGAAGGGAUGAUGAGGUCCACCGAGGACUGCAGGAAAAAAUGGUUUAACCUUGGACAGAAGCUGAAACUGUUUGUAGACAAGGUGAGGCGGUGGGGCCAUCAAUCCUAUUGGGACAUGACCGAAGAGGAGAUAGAGGCAGAAGGUCUUUACGAAACGUUCAAUCAAUGUAUGUGGCAGGCGAUGGAGUGGGUGUUAAAAAGACCGUAUGGGACGUGUGAAGAAGCCAUGAACUCGGACACCAUGGGUGGAGGUGAAGCAAGAGGCAAAGGGGGAGGUUCGGGUGAGCAAGGAGAGUCGGACAAAGGAGGGUCCAACACGCAGGGCACCAGUUCCAAGUUGAGGCGAACCGGCGGCAGCAAAGUCCAUGUUGGAGAUGACCCUUCUUCCGUCUCGUCUGUGGGAGCUGCCAUGGCUGAGUCCACACGUGUGUACGUGGACGGUUUGGAUAGGGCCGCGGCGACGAUUGCUCAGGUGAACAAGGAAGGUGCCACCAUCGUCGCCGGGAGCAUAGGGGAAAUGGCGACGCAGAUAGGUGCAGUCGCAUCAGCCAUGGGUGAAGGGAACGUUGUGCUGCAACUCCUGGUUGGUGUGAUGGGUGCCCGGAAUUCGGGCGGACCACGGAGUACUGGGUGGGGUAGGGGCACCGAUCCUUCAAAGUGGUGGAUACUGAACAGGCUGCUAAGAAAUAUUACAAGGUAGGAAAGAAUUUUGGGGAAGUAGAAGAAAAACAAUAUUGCAGAAGAAGAAAAAAAGAAAAAGAAAAAAAGGGUUAUCACAUUCAUCGC